AUGGACAUCCAGCAGCUCACCAGCUGUCUCUUCGCUUUUGUGAAAACCAGGUUUCCUAUAAAUGGAUUUCAAGGCCUUUUCGAUGUUACAGUCCGUGUUCUCAAUCUCUUAGGAGAAAAGGAAGUAGUCGAAAAUCUUAAAGUCGCUUGGAAAAUUUCGAUAAAUUCACUCAAACCUAACACUUCAGAACAGCAAACAAUGGGAGGGAUUUCUCCAGCCUUUGCCUUUUUACACACGCAUUCUUUCUAGGGCGUUUCGAAACCGUGGGAAGUUAAAGACAAAAAAGUCACGCCUCGCGAGGCAAAGCCAAAACUUUCGGAAAGUUUCAACAGUUGACAGCUGUGAGGGAAUGAGAUGCAUUUUCUUUCGUUGAAUUACAAAAAAAAAUCAAGAGACAGGGCUAAAUCCAAAUUACUUUUUUUUAAAAACUUGGUUUUGGUUCAAAUAAAGUUUAGUAUAGAAUUAAUUUUUUUCGACUUUUCAUUGAUCUACUCGAUUUUUCUAAGUGAGUCCCUUUAUAAAUCAUCUACUACAAUACAUUCUUUAUUUGCUUUGUUGUUUCAACCAAAAAUUAGACAGAAAAAUCUCUGGAAAUUUAGGAUCAUGGAGGCGUUUUUCAGUUUACCGUUCGAAAUUUUUAUAGAAUUUCUUUGAAGAUUUAGAAAAUGAUUCUCAAAAUAUAAACCUUCUAGGAUUUGAAAACUUUAAUAAACAUUUUUCGGGACCAAAAACCUUGGUGCGCAUUUUGAAAGCUUUUGAGCUCUUUUUCUUUCAAAAUGAAAGUUGUGCGAGUUAAAAGUUUCAGGACCCUUACUCAGAACAUUCAAAUUGGUCUUAGGAAAAACCAGAACAAUCCCCAAAAACAAAGUAUGUUUUGUAAAGUGGUAGUAAAUCGACUUACAAAUGCAGUUUGGAGGAGAUCAACUUGAGGGAGCAAGUCGACGCGAUCACAUUCACAAUCAACGAGAUCAAGGCUGAAACAGAGGCCCUGGAAGCCGUCGAGCAGUACGUCUUGGAGUGCAACAAAACGUGCGAGGACCUCGAGAUGGAGCGCAAAUCUCACGCCGAAGAGCUGCGACAGAUCAACCAGGUUGGGCGCUUCGCUUAACUCACAAGAACGGUCCUUUUUGCGGUUAAGGAACUUCUGAAGUUUGGCUAGAACACUCGUUGUUGUACCAAAAAAAAGAAACAGAAAGUCUCAACCUGCAAUACUUUCUCAAAGUCAAAAAAACCCCUCAAGAUCCGUAAAAAUAGGCUAUUUUGUGGAAUUUGAGUCCUAAUUUUUUCGAUAAUGGAAUGCUAUGCAGGACCUUCAUCUCGUACAUCCAGGAAUUUGAUUGCCAAUUUCCAAGGAAAUCCCAAUCGCAAAGCGAAAUAAAACCUUCCGCGUGAAUAUUAUAAUAUAGAUUCAAAAACCUCGUAACCGUCGCUAUUUAUUUUUUUAACAGGGAAAGUAUUAUCUUUAGUCGUUUGGGUACUUGAUUUAAAAAAAAGCUUGAGCCUCGAUCUUCUUGAUUACAAAUCACAAAAGUUUGGCCUUUCUUUUGAGUUUUAACGGUUAGAGAGAGAGAGAGGAAAAAUACAUGGUUAUCAAGUUUUCAAUCGGACACAAAAAAGUUUUUUUUUAGCUUCUUCUAAGCAGAUUCUUGAAAACACAAUGGGAGAAAAAUAGAUCUAAUUAAAAAGGUUUAAUCUUGAAAAUCCAUGCUUCAAAUAAACUUUAACAACUUCAUUUAUAUUCCUGCUUCGCAAUCCGUGCUUGUGAAAUUUUCAAACCAAAACUAUUCAUAAGAUUUCGUAGGAAACCUUUGGAUGAAUGGAGAGAUCUGCGCAGUUUGCACCUUUUAGUUUCUUUGUUCUGUAGACAUGUGAGACAUGGCAGAUCCAAACUUGCGACUUUUUGUAAGAGAAAUCCGCUGAGCGGUGCCAGUUUUUGAAUACAGUUAGAAAGAAGGACAGAAAGAAGACAAAUUUUAUUUAAUAAAAUCCUGGAAUGGUUAUCUCUUCCGAGUUUUUUUUAAAGCUGUUUUUCUAAAUUAUCCGAGAGAUUUUCUGCAAUAAUAACUUGCUCAUGUUGUUUUAUGUGUCAGAGUUAAAUAAAUUUUCAAAUAUUCAAUUUGAUUUUUUUUUUUUUUUUCCGCUUUUUCCGAAUCCUAUUCUUAGAAAAUUUCAAAGUCGGUUUGAAAUACCUUUAUUGAACACCUGUUAGAAUCUCGCAGUUAAGCAUAAAAUUUCACAGAAACUUGAGGCGUUUCAUGUUUUCCGAAACGUUUUCUGUAAGGCUUUUUCCAGUUUUUCGAUAUUUUUUUUAGUUUAAAGGCAUAGGGGCAGUAAAAAAUGGGGUUUCAGGUAAAAGCAGUAUCUUAUAUAGUUUUUCUUUGCGAAUCGAAUGGUGUACUCAAAACAAUUAAAGAUGUGACAACUUUAGAAGAAAAACGCGAUUUUACUUUCCCGCCUUUAUUUUUGAAAAAAGCUUUGGAUCGGCCUACGGACAAAUGUUUACAGUAGCCGUGCACGCGAUGUUGCGGACGUCUCAUUAGACUCGCAUUUUGUGAGAAAUAACUCGAUUUCUAAUUCAAAUUAAGGGUUUUUUUUCUGAAAAAGCGUUUAGUCAAACAAAAAACACACCGAUAAUAAAGGAAACACAAAAUAACGCUAUCCCAAUCGAAACCGAUGUAAAAUCAUCAUUUUUCACCAAAGGAGCAUUUUUGCGAUCAAAGUUUGCAAAUUAUACAUGAAUAGAAAGCUUUUGUGACGAAAAGAACUUUAAUGACAACAGAAAAAAUUGAAAUCUGAAAGAAACGAAGAAAAAAGCGAAUAUCCGAAAAAUGGCGAAGCGUGUUGUCCAUAGAUAGGGUCCGCAAGCCAUUUCUUCAAAACGAUCCAAAAAAUAUGUUUUUUACACUGUUCGAUAGAGGAGACUGUCCAUUUUCAUAAUCCGUUCAGUUUUAGAAAAAAGCUCCACUAAGAAAAAAGUUAUGGCCAAAAAACUAGCGCGCGCGGCGUACAACUGGAGGCAAAAUCUCACGGUUUACCCGCUGCCGCACGCUUUCUUUUUAAAUGUUUUUACGCAUUUCUGAACCGUUUUCGAAUCGGUUUUCUGUUUUGAGAGGUUGUCCGAACUGAGCCUCAUGUUUUUGGUAUGAAUCUUUUGUACAAUCCUCAUAAGAAUUUUUUUGACAAAAAUAUCAAAAAAACUACUUAGAAAAAAAGGGUCAGAAGGAAUUUUUAGCUUAUUUUUUUCGUUUUUUUCUAAUCUGAAAAAAAUUAUUAUCAUUCGAUUUGGAAGAAAGAAAAAAAUGAAAAAAAUAAUGUUAUUUCGAAAUAAAAACAGGAAAAAGUGCAAUUUGACGCCGAAAAAAACGGCUCCUGCAACAUUUAAAAUGGCGCAUCGGUGUGUUUGACGCAAACACAGCUACGAAUGCUUGCACGAAUUCUUCCAAAAAUUUCAAAAAAAUUGCCAUUUUUUUCGAGGUUUUCAAAGCCGUUCUUUUUUUCGCGUCGUUAGAUUUUUCAUAAUUUUUUUUCAUAGAUAGAGUUUUGAACGCUUAAUAACAUAAGCAAAAAUAUAGACGCGAUCCUAUUCUCUCAUGCGACAACGAGGCAGACGAAAAAAGGAGGUUUUGGUAAAACUCAAAUAUAAUUUGAUUCGCUGUCCCAAUAAUUAUUUUCAUUCUGAAUUUUUAUUUUUGAACACAUUGUGAGUUUUUAAAUCAAAUAAAAAGUAUACCAUGUCGCUGAAAUUUUUUCGCAUUUCAGCUUCAAAGUUUGGUGUCACUUUACAAGCUUCGAUUUUUUUUUCGCGUCGUUAGAUUUUUUUAAAUUUUUAUUCAAAAAAUAAAGAAAGUGUUAAUGUAUAACAUACUUAAAAUUUAGAAGCGUUCCUCACUUGGUUUUCUGAAACGCGACGAUUUUGUGAAACUUGUCAGUUUUUUUCGUGUUAAAUCUUACUUUUUCGCUUAUUUUUGAAAAAUACAUAGUUUAAAAAUUUUUCAGUCUUGUAGAGCGUUGUCGAUUACAUAGUUUAACAGAAAACAGUUUAUUUUUUUAAAGUGGGACUUUAGUUAGUAUAAACGCCUCAAAACCGUUUCUGCAACAAAAAAAAUCGUCAUUUUGGUGGCGUGAAGGGGCAAGGCUUUGCGCCCCCCUAUCCAUAGAGCAACGUUACUGCAAAGCGCCCUUUUUCGCGGGAACUCAAGCUUUCCUUUCUCCGACUUUGAAUUAUUUUUUCUCCAAAACCAGGAACUUCUGUACGUUUCCAAGUUCGCCGUUCGAUUCGCAAUGAAAAACUCUACAAAGUACUGCUUUGAACUGAAACACCGUUUUUUACUGCCCCUAUGCCUUUAACCAAAAAAUGACAGAUUCGAAAGUAGAUAAAACAAGCAUAAAGCGAAUGUCUUCAACGCGAAAAACUGUAAAUAGAUAAAUAUUUAUAUAUAUAUAAAAAGGAAUUCCAUCUUGAUUUACGAAAAAGAAACCUGCAGGACAUCAACCAAUUGGAGGACUCCCUGAAGACGAUGCGUUCAGAGCGAGAAGCACGUCGUCUGCACAUCGUCCAGUGCUUCGAGAAGGUGAACCUUUCACGGAGCCACACCAACGAGGCCAUCAAGGUAUUAUUUUCCAUUCAUGGUACAAAUCUUCCUUUUCCACUCAUUCCUACCUUCUUAAAAUCAAACGAUAUGCAUAUUUCCUGCCGAAAAUGGCGCUAAAGUUCCCCUUUCAAUAGACUAUAUGUCAAAACGGCUCAAUCGUCCGUUUAUGACCGAGAUACAUCCGCAUGUGUACAUACAUCUGCUGCUGCGACGCGACCUCAACCAUACUCCAAAGAAGAAAAAAGUGCUCGUUGGGGCUGGACACGUGCCACAAGUCGAUGGCCAAAUCUGCAACGACUCGAUUUACCGGCUCCAUUUGGCAUAUCGAUUUCACCUCAUGUGCAACUUUUCGCGCGGGUCAACAACGUCCGAAUAACGUCUAUUCGAAUAGAGUCAAAAAAAAUCCUAUCAACUUCUCAAAAAAACAAGUGAUAGAAGGGACGGACAAUUUGGAAAUAGGCUGAUGAUAAAUGAUAUCUUGUCUUUGAACUCGGACGAAACGAGUAAUUGUGCUAUUUAUAGAACUAAAAACUCAAUUUCAGGCUACAAAUCUCGAACAGGAGCUUGAAGAUGAAGAAAUCAACAUAGAUGGCUUCAGGUUAUAAAUUUAUACUGAAAUAAAAUUCUUUCUAUUAAGUGUGGAUGUAACCCCAUGCGUUCCACCGGCCCCAGGACCAUUUUCAAAUUAUUCUCUGUUUUCAUUUCUGCAGUCGGAGCAGGUUGCAAGGCCUUCACAGCCUGAGACAAACAAGAUGAAGGUUUGGAGGUUUUUUAUAACUCAGAAAUAUCUGAUUUUUGGAAAUUUUGUGAUUUGGUCGUGCAUAUAACUUAAUUUGGUUUUGCUUGUGUCUAACUGUACUUGAAGUGCUAAAUUUCUCUCAAUUCAAGGCCUGCGAAUCCUGCAACGCUCAGAUCCACAGGAACGCCCCAACGUGUCCAAUGUGCAAAGCGAAAAGCCGUAGCAAGAAUCCCAAGCGGCGAAGGAAAGCCCAAGCACCGAAUCCUUGA